AUGUCUGCGUCACCAACAUCUGCCGGUCCGUCGACCAAACGUCCGCUUGAGGACCCAUCUUCGCCCUCGGGGCCCACGGAUCAACCAGAGGCCAAACGUCAAGCUUUGGAUAAAGUAGUAAAGGCUGAGGAAGACGAGACCAAGGUGCAAGAAGGAGACAGGGGUGCCAAUGAUAAGAGCGUGAACGGUGCCGAAAAUGGUGCCGGUGGUGAAAAUGGCGUCAAGGACGGCCAAGGUGAUUUGCUUGUCCCUGAUGCCCCUAAUAAUGGCAAAACUGCUCCAGUCCCUGCCUUGGAGACGCAGCCGAUACAGUCUACAGCUUCUCACAACGACCGUGCCACGUCGAACCCUCCGGCCACCAGCCAGCCUGCUCAAGAUGAGACUGGUUGGGUACAUAUCAGAGCAGUGAUUUCCAGCGCUGAAGCUGCCACUGUCAUUGGUAAAGGCGGAGAAAACGUCUCUCAGAUUAGACGCCUGUCUGGAGCCAAGUGUACCGUUAGCGACUACUCCCGAGGAGCGGUAGAGAGAAUUUUGACCGCUUUUGGUUUGAUUAUCCGUACCCUCAACAACGAACCACUUGAAGCACCAUCUACUGCCCAGUCCAAGACCUACCCUCUUCGCCUCCUCAUCCCCCACAUCCUCAUCGGCUCCAUCAUUGGCAAAUCGGGUGUUCGCAUCCGUGAGAUCCAAGAAGCAUCUGGUGCUCGUCUUAAUGCUUCGGACUCUUGCCUGCCCCUUUCCACCGAGCGAUCACUUGUUAUUCUUGGUGUUGCUGACGCCGUGCACAUUGCAACCUACUAUGUUGCUGUCACAUUGGUUGAGCAGUUGACCGAGAGAUUCGGCGGCCCGGCUGCGUCCGCAUAUGCCACUCGAAGCGGCGGACCUGCUGGUGUUGUUCCUGGCGGUAUGCAGGUUGUCCCAUACGUGCCGCAGCCAGCUGGGGGACAAUACGGACAUCCCGAUAGCCUGCGCCGAAACAAUCCUCAGGCGAACCGUGCCACUCCUGGAGGAUACGGUGUUCCAUAUAUGCAACAACCUGGCCCCCAUCCACACGCUCCGCAGCCAAGCCUUCACUAUGGUGCCUCACCACGACAAGGCUAUACUGGUGCUGGUCCUCACCAGCCAGCUCCAUAUGGCGCUCCUCAACCCCCCCACGGCGGUCAUGUCCCUCCAAAUGGCCCACCAAUGGGUGCGGCCGUUCCUGGUCAACCCUUGACCCAGCAAAUCUACAUUCCCAACGACAUGGUAGGUGCUAUAAUUGGUAAGGGAGGAGCAAAGAUCAACGAGAUCAGACACCUUAGCGGGAGUGUUAUUAAGAUCAACGAGCCUCAAGAUAACAGCAACGAGCGGUUGGUCACUAUAACUGGAACUCAGGAGUGUAACCAAAUGGCGUUAUACAUGCUAUAUUCAAGACUUGUUAUUUCGGGCUCCUAA